CGAAAUCUACACGGCUAAAGUUUGGGGAUCGACAGUGCUCAAAAGCACAUUAAUUUAUACCUUGUGGUGUUAGCAACUUUGAGUACUUUUGUCAAAAUAACAAAAGAUAACUCCGCGAAAUCUUCACAGUUAAAGUUUGUGUAAUUCGCAAUGUUCGCCGCCACAUUGUUUUUUUACUCUGUGACGUUAGCAACUUGAAGAGCCGUUGUCAAAAUAACAAAAUAGAACUCUGCGAAAUCUACACGGCUAAAGUUUGGGGAUCGACAGUGCUCAAAAGCACAUUGAUUUAUACUUUGUGAUGUUAGUAACUUUGAGGACAUUUGUCAAAAUAACAUACGAUAACUCUGCGAAAUCUUCACAGUUAAAGUUUGUGUAAUUCGCAAUGUUCGCCGCCACAUUGUUUUUUUACUCUGUGACGUUAGCAACUUCAAGAGCCGUUGUCAAAAUAACAAAAGAGAGCUUUGCGGAAUCUACACGGCUAAAGUUUGGGGGUUGACAGUGUUCACAAGCACAUUGAUUUAUACUUUGUGAUGUUAGCAACUUUGAGGACCUUUUUCAAAAUAACAAAAGAUAACUCUGCGAAAUCUUCACAGGUAAAGUUUGUGCGGUUCGCAAUGUUCGCCGCCACAUUGUUUUUUUACUUUGUGACGUUAGCAACUUCAAGAGCCGUUGUCGAAAUAACAAAAUAGAACUUUGCGGAAUCUACACGGCUAAAGUUUGGGGGUUGACAGUGUUCGCAAGCACACUGAUUUAUACCUUGUAAUUUUAGCAACUUUAAAAGUGCCUUUGUUAAAAUCACAAAAUAGAACUCUGCGGACUACAAAUUUUAAAUUGAUUUACAAUGUUUGCAGGUGUUACAAGGGUAAAUAAUCCAAUAAUAGGUUUUUCAUUUUAAACUUUUCACUACCACAAACGGCAAAUCACGUCAGUGGAAUGUCGUGACGUCAUUUAAUUUUGCCGCUAUAGAAAAAACCAUACAUUUGGUUUAUUGCUUAGCAUUUGAGUCACGUCGAAUUACUUCACCGCUUGGCGCUCAAAAGGUUAAGAUAAGAUUAGUUAUUGCCUCUGUCAAUUCAGUUUUACGAUACCUCCUAAAUUAUUAUACUGAUGCAAGUGCCGCAAAUGCCCCCUAAUGUAUAAACACAUAUUACUUUAUAUUUUAGGAAUAGGACUGCGAUAACAUACUAGUAAGUAGAGGGCGUCGCGAUACUAAGCUAAUAUCUAGGUAAACAUUAGCUUAGUAUCGCGAAACGAGAUCGUAUUUACUUCCCACUGAAUUUUCAUAAUGAAAUUCGUAUUAAUUCUGGAAAUAAAGUGACGCAUUUAGUAUAUAUAGGUGUUACUAACACCAUUUUAUUAAACAGCAUUUUAUACUGAGGAAAGUCACUUGCACCACAGUGCAUGCCUACAGGUUAUGUAAAGUUGCCUCCAGAAUCAGGCGAACUAAAUUGACAAGUCAAUGUGCACAAAUGAUACCACAGUUUGGCCAGUACUGUUCAUAUAGGUAUUUUCAAAAAUGUUUGAAUUUGAGAAUAUCGCGAAAAUUUGGGUUGGGUUUGGGUCAGUUCAAAUGUUACAGUUAAGUAAUUUUUUGUGUUAUUUUACAAAUGUUCGUUGGUAUUUCGAAAAUUGUGCAAUUUUAUAAUUGUAGUUGCAUGUAGUUAGACUUGAAAUAAAUUUUGGAUAUUGGAUAAAUAUAUAGUAAUUAAAAAAAAAUUUAGCUCAAAAUACAAAUAAGGCUAACCCAGACGGGGCAUUUUUUCGCACAAUCUGAAUAAUUUCUCAAUUACAAUGUGUGGUGCUGUGGUGUGGACGCAAAAAUUAAAUAGUCUCAAUAAUCCCUAUUGCUUCGAUUCUAAAGACCACUCCCGAAACUGGACAUUCAAGUUGACAAUUAGGUCAGCAUUUAAGAGCCCCGUAACGAUUUUAGAGCAAAAAUUUAAAAUUAAUAGAUUUAGUCGUUGAAAUUGUACACCUUUUGUUACGUAAUAUCUAAAUAACAAGUAUUGGUGCUACAAAUUGAACUGUCCAUUUUGUGCCUGGGAUAUGAAAACAAAGCAUCAGUUAGUGUCGCUAAAUCUAGAGCAGGUUUACGAUUUUUAAUAAGGAACAACGUACUUAAUUAUUUUUAUUGCUUUCCUUACUCAUGCCUUUACCCUAAAAACGGAAUUCUAAGAAAGGUAUUUGAUUGCCUUAAUCGCAAUGUUAGAAUUGCGGAAUUCACAAGGGAAAAAUUUCUCAACUUAAUAAUUUCACAACUGUUACAUUGCGAGAUAAUAUCAGCAUGGCUAGAAACACAAUGUGAACUUAGUUAAAAUAGUGAUGUUGACUUAGUCCUUAGCAAAAGUGACACAAGAAUCGUUCAUUUCGCUGGCAACAUUCGUAGGAUGAGGACGCGUCGGCUUACGCAUCGAACGCACCGAACGUUGUUUUAUAAAAAUAUACUUUUUCUUUUUAAGAAGUACAACGUUAUAGUGAAAAAAUAUAUUAUUAAAAGGAUGGACGACUUAAGUGUGUUUCUGCUCAACUGUGAUUUGAUACACCUUUAUGGAUCGCUAAAUGAUCAGGGCGCGGAUCUUGAUUUUUUGCUAAGCGCGAAUGACCAUGAACUGUCAAUAUUGGUCCCGGCAAUAGUUCAGAAAGGAAAACUGCGCAUGGCGCUAGAUCGAGAGAGAGAACGCAGAGAAGUUAAAAAUGAUCCGAGGGAUGUAGAUGUACAGCUUGCUGUAGCUCCAAUUCAAAAGCAGGACUCCUUCGUGAUUCCAUCAAGUAGUCAAAAAUCUAGUUUAUCCUCUGUUGUUACAACAUCAGCUGAAUUAUUGGAAUGGGACAUCAAUUGUGAUGACUUACAGUUUAUAGAUGCAAGCAAACUCCUAGGGACUACGACUGGCCGAUCUCUCAAACAAAUUUUAGAGAGCUCUAGUAUUGGGAAACCUCUCCUCAAUAAAAAAGUAUUAUCCUCUAGUGACCGAAAGAUACUAACGGCCCUUAUUGUUGAGGCUGAGGUGCGGAAAUUGAAAGAAAACACUGACCCAAUAAGAAAAGAAAUCUGGGAUACGUGGACAUCAGAAAUUAUAAAGCUUUUCCCAGGUGAAACAAAGGGGGUAUAUUAUAAUCCUUUUCGACUUGUAGAUGGAACAGCUAUUCAGGCCAGUGGUUUAAUAGUAAACCGGUUAAUAACAGUACGAAGGAAAUUGAAUGCAGAGAAUCGCUGCCGCAGUAGAAGCCGUCACAGCAGUAGCGACAAAAGCAGCGACAGCAGCGAAGAACAAAAGAAGAGGAAAAAAUCUGCUGUCAAAUCUCCUGCACGGGUUAGACCUUUUCCUGAUUCUUUUCAAAUAAUAACUACCAAUCAAGAAUCUGAAAAAGAUACUGUGCAGUGGUUGAAGCACUCUUCUUCACCAAGAGAAUUGGUUGAAACAAAAUGGAACAGCUGUCUACAUGAACGCAUGGCUGCACUGCAAGAAGGCGACCACGUUAGUUAUUUGACCAUCUUCCCAGCACUGCAAUGUCCUUGGGGCUAUGUAUUGCUGGCUAGUGACUUUGACAAAAUAUACCCUGAAAUAGAAGGAAAGUUCGAAGAAAAUUUCCCGGUAGUGAAAGGGCGCCUGCUAUCAUUACUAGAUGAGAAGGCAGAACAGCUAACACGAGCUGACACAUCUAUUCAAAGUGUUUUGGAUCUUGCAACUUCGGGAGAGGAACAAGCGAACAUUGCGACUUUCCUAGCAGUUCCCCUGUUGCUGAAGCAGAUGCACACUGUUCCCGUGAAAGGCGUCAGAAGACCCUGGAAUCCUUCUAGAUUGGAAGUAAGCAACGCGUUUUUAAGCUUGGUGCCAUCUACAUCGGACCUUCAAAGCCACUUCUGUAAACGGAAGGCCACAUUGCAGGAAAAAAAAUUGCCUGUUCUUCCAUAUUUGGUUGCCAUUGGGGCUUGCUGGCAGGAUGUUAAGCAGUAUGAUUUAUUAAUAUCUGAAGACAUCAGGUACACAUUUCCCAGUAUUUGUAAAGCUGUUUCAAAUACUUUUAAAAUUCUAUGGGCAUUAGAUUUACCAUAUUCAAAAGAUUGUGCCCCCGUCUGGAUGUUUAUCCAAAGAAGUAUAUAUGUAAUGAAGAGCAAGUUUGACACUGAAGGCACUCCUAUGCUAGAUUUGCUUGCUUCUGUUUCUAACAGACACGAUGGUGCUGUGUGCAAUAUGUAAAAGGUCUUUUGUCCAAAUGAAGCAAUUUCAAGCCCAUUUUACAUUUUAUCAUCCAGGUAAAUGUUAUAUUUGUCCAAACAUGGGUUGUGGGAGAACUUAUCAUCUGUACAAUUCAUUUAGGCGUCAUUAUUUGAAACAACAUUCAGAUUCUUCUAUGUUACAACAGGCUUCAAGUGUACAGGAUUUUGCUAUUGAACAAGAGACCUCUACCGUGAAUAAUGAUCCAUUAUAUAAUGUAUGUAGUGCAACCGAGAUGCAAAUUAGAGAAAAUAAUAGUACUAUACAGAGUAAUAGCAAACAAAACACACCGCCGCUAAGCGACACUUUAGGUCAACUUUUCUCAUCCCUGUAUAGUAAUCCCCAUUUGCCGAACAAUGUGCUAGAUACAGUUUAUAGCGGUAUUCACAACAUGUUCACUUUCUCAAUCAAACCUCUGUUACCAGUGACAUCUAGCUCUGCCGUAGCAAAACUGACAACUGAUCUAGAGAUGUUUAGUUCAACUUAUAAACGACAUCAGUUCUUUGAAAGCAAUGGUACUUUAAUUAAUCCUGAGCCUUAUACUGUAGGGCGACGAUUUGAUUACGUAAAAAAGAACGGUAAAACUUAUUACCAAGCAGUAGAGUGCAUA